CCCAAUGCCAACUCAGUAAGAAACCUGCUGCAUUGUUGGCAAGUCUUGUCUUUUGGUUGGCACACUAUGGAUGACGCGAGAAUGGCUCGGACAUGGGUAUAAAACUCGUAUUACUCUAUAUAUUUCUAUGUGUGAAUUUUUAUCUGGAGGUUGGGAGCGCACGUUUGUGGAUUCUUUACCAAAAACCAACGCCACUCAAGGGUAUUUCCAUGUGGUUAAACGCUCUUCAAAGACAUCGGAAUUGUCCUACUUUACCAUUUUACCCACACUUACAGUUACCUACCUUACCUUUGUACUUGGAUAAACCAUCAAGCCACCUUCCACUUGAAAGGCAGACAAUAUAUCAACAAUAAGCCUAUUUGUUUAGUUUCCACUUGUCUCCAGGCCUAAUAUCUCACCAAACUCUUACUUUAUUGAGUCUUUGAGCUUUGAGAGUGCUCCAGAGGAGUGGGUGUAUUGCGAGGGUGCUUACUGUCGAGAGGGAACAGAAGAAGAGGAUAAUAUUCAACAACAAACCACAUACCGCCACAAUGAUCUUGAGGUUAAGAACCGCAGUUCUGGCUGUGGCGUCCCUUAGCGGACUGGCACUCUCCCAGACAUGGUCGGCCUGCAAUCCCAUGCAUACGACAACAUGCCCUGCCGACCCAGCCCUGGGCAUGGCCAUCAACGUUGACUUCACCAAGGGAGCCGUCAACUCGUUCGCCCCGAGCGGCGGCAACCCUACCUACGGCAGCGACGGCGUGACCUUCACCGUCGCCAAGGGCGGUGACAGCCCGCAGCUCAUCAGCCAGUUCUACAUCAUGUUUGGCCGGGUUGAGAUCGUAAUGAAGGCUGCGCCCGGCAAGGGCAUCGUCAGCACGCUGGUGCUGCAGUCUGACACGCUCGACGAGAUUGACCUCGAGUGGCUGGGCGCCGACGGCAGCGAGGUGCAGUCCAACUACUUUGGCAAGGGCCUGACCACCAGCUACAACCGCGGCCAGUUCCACGCCAACCCGGGCAACCAGGACGGAUUUCACAAGUACGUCAUCGACUGGACCGACGAGCGCAUCGUCUGGCUCAUAGACGGCACCGCCGUCCGCACCCUCAAGGCCUCCGAGGCCGAGCCCAACCAGUACCCCCAGACCCCGAUGCAGAUCAAGUUCGGCGCCUGGUCCGGCGGCGACCCGUCCCUGCCCAAAGGCACCAUUGACUGGGCCCGCGGCCCCACCGACUACAGCAAGGGGCCCUUUUCCAUGAAGGUCAAGUCCGUCAUGGUCGCCGACUACUCGACCGGCAAGCAGUACAAGUACACCGACCAGAGCGGCUCCUGGGGCAGCAUCAAGGCCGUCGAUGGCGACGUCAACGGCAACCUGGGCAAGGUCGGAAGCCCCACAAUCACCGCCACCGCCCUCGCCUCGAGUUCGCUGUCGCCGGGCGUCCCCGCCGGCAUCGGCGCCAACCCCAGCCCUGCGCCCCGUGUCACCGGCGCUCUCCCAGAUGGCUGGGUCAUGAGGCCCAAUGGAAAGAUUGUGCCCAUCGGCAACGCCGUACACAAUCGUCCCAGACUGGCAUUGGCACUCGGCCCUCUCGCCCUUUCUCUUCUCCUGUGUGCUCUGAUGCUGUAAAAAGCAUGCGCUCUCGAGAUUUGUAUUCUUUGAGCUCUUGACGACACGAAUUCUGAUUUACGUUGUUGUGUUUUCCCCCCUUAACCUUUUUCAUGAUCUGCAUUAUCUCGGGCGUUUGCAUCGGUACGGAGCGGCGGUUUUAGACUGCAUCUAUUAGCGGGCUUUUAUCAGCGCCAUGCGUUUAAUCUCCAUGUAUAGACUAAUGGCUUUUUUGCUUCUUGUUUUGGACCCUCUGCAUAAGAUUCUCAUGAACCUACAGGAUAUUCAUCAUGACAUAACACGAGUAAUGGUAGCAUGCAUAUAUAUACACCAAGUUUCACGGAUUAGCGCUUCUUUGAUCCGGUUUAUCC